AUGAAACAACAAAAAUAUCUUCUUCUAUUUUUAGUGUUGGCCUCUAUCAUAAGUGCUUAGUACAAUGUUACUACUACCACUAACACAGUGAAUGGGUCUUGUUCUUGUAGUUGUACUUGUAAUCCUAAUAACAAUAACAACAACAAUAAUAAUAACAGUACUAACAAUAAUAACAAUAACAACAACAACAAUAGUACAAAUAACAAUAACAACAACAACAACAACAACAACAACAACAACAACAACAACAACAACAACAACAACAACAACAACAACAACAAUAGUACAAAUAACAAUAAUAACAACUCCACAAAUACCAACGCUAACUCAAGCUCAUUUAAGAAAAUAGCUUACGUUGAUACAUUUAAAAGCUGGUGGGGUCCUUCUAUCAUCACUGAUAGCUUCGGAUUAAACUCUUGCUAUGAUAUCAUCAUUUUAUCUUUUUGGUUGACCUAAGGUACUGCUGAUGCAGUUAACUUGUAUGAAAACAUCUACAUUAAUCUUGGUACUGACUAAUAUGGUAAAAGUAAUGCAGAAGUUCAAAAAAAUAUUGCAGACCUUUUCCACUCCAAAGGCAAAUAAUUGUUCAUCUCUGCUUUUGGUUCCACUAACUUCCCUACUUCUCAAGAUCCUAUUGCAGUUGCUAAUAAGUUGGCUGAUUGGGUUUAAAAGAAUCCUUAUAUUGAUGGUAUUGAUAUUGACUAUGAAGACAACGAUGCUGUCGUAAAUGGAUCUGGUAUUACUUGGUUAAUUGCCUUCCAAAAAUAACUCAGAGCAAGAAUCGGAAAUAAGUAUCUUAUCACUCAUGCUCCUCAAGCUCCUUACUUCUCAAGAGCUUAUUACAAUAAUGGUGGUUACUAUAAGCUUGACCAACAAGUUGGUAAUUUGAUUGACUGGUACAAUGUCUAAUUCUACAAUCAAGGAGAUGAUUCUUAUGACUCUUUAACCAAAUUAUUUGUCUAAAGUGGAUCACCUUUCGUUGGAACUUCCUACUCUGAAAUCAUUCAAAACGAUGGAAUUCCUAUUUCUAAAAUUUAUCUUGGUAAACCUGCUACUACUGCUGAUUUAUCAAACACAGGCUAUGUUGAUCCUGCUACCCUUGGUUCUUUAGUUUACUAAGCCCAAACAACCUUAGGUUUGAAGGUUCCUGGUUUCUUUAUUUGGUAAUUGAAGAAUGAUGGAAACUGCAAUUUUGCCAGCAACUUCUUAAAUGGAUACAAUAAUCCUUCUAAUUCAACUAAUAAUAACAAUAACAAUAACAACAACAACAACAACAACAACAACAACAACAAUAAUAACAACAAUAACAAUAACAACAGUACUAAUAACAAUAACAACAAUAACAGCAGUAACAGCAAUAACACUACUCCUGGUAAUACCACUACUAAUGGAAAGAUUAUGAGUAUCACUUACAUUGAUGCUAUUACCACUUGGUGGGGUCCUUCUGUGUUGUAAUAGUUCUUCACUUGUUAUGACAUCAACAUUCUUGCAUUCUGGUUGUCUACUGGACCUGUUGAUAUUGCACUUCUUUACCAAAAUGUCUACAGCUACCUGGGUACUGACUAAUUCGGUAAGAACAAUUUAGAAGUUCAACAAUAUAUUAGCAAUUAAUACAAGAGCUAAGGAAAGAAAUUGUUUAUUAGUGCUUUUGGUGAUACUGAUUAUCCCACAACCAAAGAUCCUACUUAAGUUGCAACUGAUUUAGCUAACUUUGCAAAUUCUUUACCUUAUAUUGAUGGUAUUGAUAUUGAUUAUGAAGACAACAACGCUAUUGUGAGUGGGGCUGGUGUAACUUGGUUGAUUACUUUUACUAAGGUCCUUAGACAAAAGCUUGCUAACAAAAACUUGAUUCUUACUCAUGCUCCAUAGGGUCCUUAUUUCUCUCGUGAAUAUUAUACCUCAGGAGCUUACUAUAAGAUUCACUAAGAAGUAGGUGAUUUGAUUGACUGGUACAACAUCUAAUUCUACAAUUAAGGUGAUAACACAUACGACAGUUACUAGAAGCUUUUCCUUCAAAGUGGUUAAUAUUUCUUUGGUACAUCAUACAAAGAAAUAAUCGAACUUGAUGGUAUUCCCUUAAACAAACUUGUUUUAGGUAAACCUGCUUCACCUGCUGAUGCAAUGAAUACUGGUUAUAUUGAUCCUUUCAAACUUGGUAAGAUUGUCAAGCAAGCUCAAACAGAACUUAACUACACUAUUCCUGGUUUCUUCAUCUGGUAAUUGAAGAAUGACAAGAAUUGCAAUUACAAGAACCAAUUCUUUGCAGGUUUUAACUCUUGA